GAUGGCCCAAGUACAAUUCCUGGACAAACUACUCCAUGAAUAUUUGGUUUUUCGUGGCUUUUCCAAUACCAUAAAAGCGCUGGACAAUGAAUUACGCACCGAAAAAGACCAAUCAUUCCGAGCUGAAAAAGUUAUGGAACAAUUUAAUCAUUGCAUUAAUCAUAAUGACCUACAGGGAUUAUUAUCGCUGUGGAAACAUUUGGAUGCUAAUCUCUUUAGUAAGUUGGAGCAUAGCUAUGCCAUGGCUGUAAAGAAAUUGGAGAACAGUUUGUUGAAACUAUAUUUGGUCACUGCCUACAAUCACAAUAAGACUGAGAAGAUAACUGAGUUCUUUAACAAACUAGCUGCGGAACUGCAACAACAAAGUGAAUGGAAGGAUUGGUUUUAUUUCCCAUUUUGCCGUAAUCCCGAAGAAUCCCAACCAUUUUCCUUGUACUUUAAAAAGGAAUGGCAAGAUACCUUUCAGCUGUCGCUACGCAAUUUUCUCGCAACCAUAUAUCAAUGUCUGCCACAGCCAACAUUUGUUCGGGUAGAACAAGAAGCAGCUCUCAUAAGACGCUUACAAGAAGAAAAUGCCCUAUUAAAGUCACGUUUGCAACAACAACAGCAACAAUUAUCAGCUUCUCAGAGUUCUCAAAAUCUUGCCAACACAACAAGUUCAUCAGGUAGCGGUGCGGAUGUACAUAGUCGCCGUCGUGCCUCUUGUCGUCCACAACAAAGUCUUAGUGACAUUUUACCAUUCGAUAUAAGUCCUCCGGGUCACAUUGUCGAUGAUUUUUGUAUUAUUGCCACCGAAGUAAACAGUGUUACACAGGCAAGCGAUGCCCAGGCUCGUGGACUGAAAAUGCUAAUACGUAAUAUUGGUUCGGGAGGAUCUCCGGUCAUGGGUCGCAAAGAUAAUGUUGGUCAUGGUGAGAAAUCGGCCAAACGUCGCUCUGGUAGUGUUGGCAGAAGUUGGAUAUAA